CGCGGGAGAAGAGGAAGAGCAAGAUGUCGAGGGAGGAGUUGAGGUCGAGGAAGAAGUUGAGGCCGAGGGAGAGGUUGAGGGUGAAGAAAUGGUCGACGAAGAUGCAGAGAGCGAUAAUCCUUUCGAAGACCCACAUUCUCUCGAUCGACAACGCCUUGAUGAUCGCCCCAUGCUUUCAUCGUCCUCGUCACCUAUUCGUCCACACCCAGAUAGGUACGAAGACUAGGACCUAAAUACCUUCGAUAUGGGUUCUGAGGGUGCGGCCAACAGUGACGAUAAGGACCAGCAAAUCGUUGCCGCAAGGAAAUCACAGGGACAUCGAGCGGGAGCAUAUGUAAAUCCCAGGGAACCUCAAUCUCCACAUCAACCACAGAUGUCUCCUCCCGUCUUCUCUCCCGUCGCAAGCACUGCUCAGUCGACUGACGUUGGAGCUCUUCUGAUAGAGCAACGUUGUCAAUCGACCGGGCCACAAGAUCAGCCAACCAGGUCACUGAGUAGUCUCAUUGCUCGGCAACAAGAGCUAUUCCGCAAGGAAGACGAGAAGAAGCAACGGAUGAUGCAGUCGCACGCGCGACCACAGCAACAGGGAAAAGCAGGUGCCAAUAAGUCAAUCGCACCCAAGCCCUCAACACAAUCUUCUGUGCUUGGCUUGCGGUCUACUCCUACCUACAAACAAUCGAGUUCAUCUCUCUCUGGGAUUCAACAACCCCCGAUGUCACCACCUCCACUGCCUAUGCAGGCUUCGUCGUCGAAGGAUGUCCAGUCCUCGAUGCCGAGGGAGUCUGGGUCACCUGCCUCACAGCAACAUUCUUCGAGUGGCUCUAGCCAAACCACCCCUCGUAUAGAUUGGAUUAGCAGGUGGCAACCAGACGAAAUCAUUCGCGAAGAUGUGGGCACUAACACUUCUCCCGUCUUGACGAAUGAGUUCGAUGGAAUCAUCUGUGCGAUAAUUCUGGUCCGCGUCGAACAGAUCGACUGUAAUACGGUUAUAUCCGCUGAACAGUAUCUUCUUUUAUCACUUGAUAUUGUCUGCUCCUUCAUGCGUGAGUUGCUGACUAUGUUAUUUUCAAGUUCUGUGCCAGUGAAAAUAAGAAAGUGGGUUUUCUGCUCUCUUCCGCUCAGCAUGAACCAACGAUUACAAUGUAUAAGAGUGAGGAGGCACACAAAGCAAGACUGUAAUUCUUGCUGAAGAACCUGGAAUUGUCUGGCAAUAACUCACUGAAAAGCAUGUCAAGCGUGGUAAAUAGCGAUUGAGGCGAUUGGCGAGGAAGAAAGCUGGAGAUUGAGAUAGUUGAAUAAGGAAAAAGACCCUGUGAGAGUUCAGAAGGCAUGG